AUGCAGCACAGCAACAUAGCAGCAGCAGCUGCUGCUGCAUGCAGGCGCUGCUGCUGCAGCUGCAGCUGCAGCGCGCGGCUGCCCAGGCCAUGCAGAACCACCACCAACAGCAGCAGCAGCAGCAGCAGCAGCAGCAGCAGGAGCAGCAGCAGUAGCAGCGGCUGCUUCUCUGUACAAACUCCUCUUGAGGGAGGCUGCUGCAGCCUUGGGGGCCCCACAGCUACACUUAGACGCAGCGCUGCGGUGUCUCUAAACAAUUGCUGCAGCAAAUGGAAGCACAGCUGGCCUCAGCUCAGUGCCUUGACGCCAACCCCAGCAGCAGCAGCAGCAGGAGCUGCUGCUGCUGCUGCUGCUGCAGGUUCUGCUGCAGCAGCAGCAACAGCAACACCAUCUCGCAGAUUAGUUAAGCAACUGGGGGCCCUCAGCUUCCAGUGCAGAGAGCUGCAUAGGGGCCCCCGUAUUGAAGCAGCAGAAUCAUGCAGAAGCAAUACUUUUGCUGCUGCUGCUGCUGCUGCUGCUGCACCUGCUGCUGCUUCUGCCUCUCCUGCUGCUGCUCCUGCAUCUCCGGGUAUCUUUUUUGAGUUUGCUGCUGCUCAACGACAGAUGCUGCUGCCGCUGCUGGCCGCGCUGCAGCAGCCACUGUCCCCCCUCCAUUUGCUGCAGCUGCUGCAGCAGCUGCAUGCGCUGGGCCGUGCUGCUUGGCUGGAGACAGGGGUCUCUUCUGCUGCUGAGAGCUGCUUUGUUUUGCUGCCUUGUAAAGACAAGCAGCAGCUGCAGCAGCAGCAGCAGCAGCAGCAGCAGAAGCAGCAGAAGCAACUAGUAUCAGAUACACGUCUCCCCAAGUGGGGCCUGUGGGGCCCUGGAGACUCUCUAAACCCAACAGCAGCAGCAGCAACAGCAGCAGCAGCAGCAGCAGCAGCGCCAGCGCAGCCUUACGUGCGUUUCUUGCAGCAAUUUGAUAUUGAUGCUGUAGCUGUUUGUUCUCUUGAAGCUGCUUUAGGGACAGAAGAAGCGAAGCUGCUGCUGCUGCAGCUGCUGCUGCUGCUGCCCCAAGCGGCGUGUGGGGACCCCUUAACAGCAGCAGGAGCUGUCAUGCCUCCCUACCACAACUCAGAUAAUCCUGCAGCAGCAGCAGCAGCAGCAGCAGCAGCAGCAGCAGGUUACCCCUCAGGAGCAGCAGCAGCAGCAGCAGCAGCAGGGCCUCGCAGUGCCUGCACCACUCUUGAGGACGGUGGAGUGUCUCAGCACCUCAAGACUUCAUUUGCUGCUGCCAGCGACUGCAUGCAUCUCCGAGCUGGGCCUCUGCAGCAGCUUAAAGGACAGCCUAGGGGAGUCUCUGUUAUGCUAAUGCAUAGAGCUCUUCAAGCUAUUCACCUCCGUACAGAAACCCUGGGGGCCCCUGAAGCGCUGCUGCUGCUGCGGGGCAUCCGCAAGCUGCAGGUGCAGCUUCCCUCUGCGCUGCAGUCUGCACAGCCAGUAGAUGUUAAUCUGCUGCUGCUGCAGCUCUGGGCUCCUCUGUCUCCUUCUCUUGAUUUCUUGUCUGUCGAGGCGCUGCUGCAGGUGCAGCUUCCCUCUGCGCUGCAGUCUGCACAGCCAGUAGAUGUUAAUCUGCUGCUGCUGCAGCUCUGGGCUCCUCUGUCUCCUUCUCUUGAUUUCUUGUCUGUCGAGGCGCUGCUGCAGGUGUGUUUAUGCUGCUCAGCAGCAGCAGCAACAUCAACAGCAACAGCAGCAGCAGCAAUAGCAGCAGCAGCAACAGCAGCAGCAGCAGCUCAGGAGGGGCUGUAG